GUCUCUCUCUCGUCAAGCUGAGAGUGGAUUUCUGUGUGUUCCUGUCUCUCUCUCUCAUCAAGCUGAGAGUGGAUUUCUGUGUGUUCCUGUCUCUCUCUCGUCAAGCUGAGAGUGGAUUUCUGUGUGUUCCUGUCUCUCUCUCGUCAAGCUGAGAGUGGAUUUCUGUGUGUUCCUGUCUCUCUCUCGUCAAGCUGAGAGUGGAUUUCUGUGUGUUCCUGUCUCUCUCUCUCAUCAAGCUGAGAGUGGCUUUCUGUGUGUCCCUGUCUCUCUCCUCAAGCUGAGAGUGGAUUUCUGUGUGUUCCUGUCUCUCUCGUCAAGCUGAGAGUGGAUUUCUGUGUGUUCCUGACUCUCUCUCGUCAAGCUGAGAGUGGAUUUCUGUGUGUUCCUGACUCUCUCUCGUCAAGCUGAGAGUGGAUUUCUCAAGCACAUUCUUUGCUGUGUCAGAGGGGGAGUGAUCCAGCCUACACGAUGAAACAGGAGGUGAAUGCGGCGCUCGAGUUUCUGCUUCGUCUGGUCAAGCAGAGAGGCGCGGUGGACGACAGCAAAGCCGAGCUCUUCGCAGACAAGCUGAGAGCCAUCCUCCAUGAGAGAUACGCCCGCCACUGGUACCCAUCUAAUCCCAGCAAGGGCCAGGCCUACAGGUGUAUACGAAUUAACCAAAGUCAACCCUGUGACGAGAGCCUGCUGCAGGCCUGCAGAGAGACUGGACUGCAUCCCAGGGAGCUGGGGCUGCCCAGGGAACUCACACUGUGGAUCGACCCUGGAGAGAUCAGUGCCCGGUCUGGAGAGAAGUGCCAGCACUUCACAGUGGCCCAGUUUGAAGAGCAGGGAGAGCGAGAGGGGGAGCGGGAGCGAGGACUGGAGGACACCGCACAGAACCCCAGCCCAGCCCAGAAACCCAACUGCACUGAACAGCAGACCUCCGAUUAUCACUCUGCCACCUCAUCGGACUGCAGCUCAGACAACGAGGCAGAAGAGGGGGGGCAGGGAGAGACCCCCACAGCACCCCCGCGCGCUCCGCGAUCUCGCAGCUCCAAACACAAAGAGUAUUUCUAUCACCCAGCCCCUGUGUGGCCCCGGUACAAGAGGAAGGCCCCCCUGUGCCUGAGCACCGUGUUCCAGCCUGGAGUGCCCCUGCUGGGGUACUACGUCCUGCCACAGCCCCUGAGCUACACCCCCACAGCGCAAUUCAUCAUCCCCCAAGCAGCGCUGCAGCCGAGCGGGGCCGUGAAGUGAUGAAGAGAGGGCGGUACUGGGGCCUAGCAGAGUGAGCUGCAGUGGCAAUGCACAAACAGAGGGGGCACCGUGUGCAAUUCACCUGGACGAUCCAACACCCUCCAAUGCAAUAUCACACAACCCAGUGUAACCCAACCUCCAAGCACUUGGAAAGCUCAGAGGGAGCCGGGUGGAAUCUCUCUGGAAUCGCUUCUGCGGAUUCUGCGUUUCGUGGUGGAUUCCUUUAAUGUUUUUGUUUGUUUUGCUUCAGUCCUUGUCUCUGGUUGCAGGCUCUCUUGCUGCAGUCCUAGGUACUUUCCAGUUUUCUUUCACUCUGCUCUUACCAGGCUCUGAGACGCUGUGAGCUCGGCUGGAGAGCCCUGGCUGCUGGAGCGUUCACUGCAUCUUACUUCUGUAUUCUGUAUUUAUUCUGUUUUUUUUUGUUUUUUUGUUUAAACAUGUAAAAUAAGAUGUUUUAAU